GGGCACUUUUGUGUGAUGGCAACUUCACUUCUAGGGGAGGAACCGCGGGUAGGCUCCACGCCGCUGGCCAUGCUCGCCGCGACCUGCAACAAGAUCGGCAGCCCCAGCCCCUCGCCGUCCGCCCUCUCGGACAGCGCGUCCUCCUUCGGCAAAGGCUUCCACCCCUGGAAACGCUCCUCCUCCUCCUCUUCGUCCUCGGCGGGCAGCUGCGGCGCCGUGGGCUCCGGCCUCCCGGGCUUCGGCGUGGCGGGCGCGGCGCGCAACGGCUCCUCGGCGGCGGCGGCGGCGGCAGCGGCGGCGGCGGCCGCCCUCGUCUCGGACUCGUUCAGCUGCGGCGGCUCGCCGGGCUCCAGCGCCUUCUCCCUCACCUCCAGCAGCGCGGCGGCCGCCAGCUCGCCCUUCGCCAACGACUACUCCGUCUUCCAGGCGCCGGGCAGCGCCGGCGGCGGCGGCGGCGGCGGAGGCGGCGGCGGCGGGGCGGCGGGACAGGAGGCGGCGGCGCACCAGCCCGUCUUCAUCUCCAAGGUGCACACGUCGGUGGAGGGGCUGCAGGGCAUCUACCCGCGGGUGGGCAUGGCGCACCCCUACGAGUCCUGGUUCAAGCCCUCGCACCCGGGGCUGGGCGCCGGCGAGGUGGGCUCGGCGGGCGCCUCCAGCUGGUGGGACGUGGGCGCCGGCUGGAUCGACGUGCAGAGCCCCAACGGGGCGGCCGCGCUGCCCGGCUCCCUGCACCCGGCGGCCGGCGGGCUCCAGACCUCGCUCCACUCGCCGCUGGGCGGCUACAACUCGGAUUACUCGGGCCUGGGCCACUCGGCCUUCAGCAGCGGCGCCUCCUCGCACCUCCUCAGCCCCGCCGGGCAGCACCUCAUGGACGGAUUUAAGCCGGUGCUGCCCGGCUCCUACCCGGACUCGGCCCCCUCGCCGCUGGCCGGCGCCGGGGGCUCCAUGCUGGGCGGCGGCCCCGCCGCGCCGCUGGCCGCCUCGCCGCGCUCCUCCGCCCGCCGCUACUCCGGCCGCGCCACCUGCGACUGCCCCAACUGCCAGGAGGCCGAGCGGCUGGGGCCGGCGGGGGCCAGCCUGCGGCGCAAGGGGCUGCACAGCUGCCACAUCCCCGGCUGCGGCAAGGUCUACGGCAAGACCUCGCACCUGAAGGCGCACCUGCGCUGGCACACGGGCGAGCGGCCCUUCGUCUGCAACUGGCUCUUCUGCGGCAAGCGCUUCACCCGCUCCGACGAGCUGCAGCGGCACCUGCGGACCCACACGGGCGAGAAGCGCUUCGCCUGCCCCGUCUGCAACAAGCGCUUCAUGCGUAGCGACCACCUCAGCAAGCACGUCAAGACCCACAGCGGCCCCGGCGGCGCCGGCGGCCCCGGCGGCGCCGGCCCCGGCGGCGGCCCCGGCCCCGGCGGCAAGAAGGGCAGCGACACCGACAGCGAGCACAGCGCGGCCGGCAGCCCGCCCUGCCACUCCCCGGAGCUGCUGCCGCCCCCCGAGCCCGGCCACCGCAACGGCCUGGAGUGA